AGGGAACACUCGAAACACCCAGAGUGAGGUCAGUGUCGAGUGUCGAUGCCGUCGUUCCUCGACGCAAAAGCAAGUGCUUCAUAUUCCAUGUUCGCGCUCUCGCUACCUAACAGAACCUACUUCAAUUAAAUCAACGAAUAUCAACAAUCAUAGCGCAAUUCGAACUAUUCUGUAUCUGCAGACAUAAUUUACACUAUACUGAACGCGUACGGAAUAUUCAACGCUGUAAACCGCUCUGGUAACAUUGCCCCUGUUGUACUUGAGCAUUCAGAUUCAACUUCAACGUCGGUGGAAUUAUUAAUCAACGGAGAACGUGGGAAUUUCCAAUUGAUUAGCGUGGAUUUUAAGAUGCGAACGAGCGCAGUGUGAGGGGCUAUGCGAACACUUGUUUCGAUGAACAUGCGUCUUCACUUUGCCGGUGGCUAAACGUGAGGAUACCCGAUGGUGCGAGGGGACGUCAUGGGCGGUGGACGCUCCCCGAAGAGCACCACGCUUCCGGAGCGCGUCGCGCAAACUUACUACGCGCACGGAUUACUUUGCGCAUCCUAUCCUAAGACUGUGAUUGCUGUCGCUACAAUUGUAGCGUUAAUAUGCUGUUACCCAUUGUUAAAUUUGCCUCUCUCGGGUAACCCCACGAUUAUUUGGAGCAAUGGAUCAAUACCUACCUCAGACACAAUACCGAAGUUCUACGUGCAGCAGGUGAUCCUCAAAACAGCCGUGAUUCCCUGGAAUCCCACCAUGGUUGUUGGCGAUGCCUUUCGUGCACCACUCUAUGAAUCCUUCAAACUGUUAGACAUUGUGCGCAAUUAUCAAGAUCCGUUAUCGAUGAAAACUUUGGGACAUGUCUGUCUGCAUGUGGAGUCCAUCAAAAGAUCUAAACAAUAUAAGAUAGACGUGUUGCCCGAAUACUCAUGUUUAGUGCUAUCGCCAGCCAACUUUUGGAAACAAGAUGUUCAACAAUUCUCGCAAGAUUCGUCGAUUUUAACUACAAUCUUCAACUAUCAGAAUUUGCAGAAAGGAAAAACAUCUAUAGCUGAAAUGUUGUUUGGUAUGCAUCUGGUAGAUACCGGUGUUAAACGAUACCCAUUAAGGAAUCGUCAGAGAGUGCUGCAAUAUGCAAUAACAUUGUUUUUCAACGAACACGACGAACAAUUCAUCACCGGCCUGCGGAACAAGUUAAAUCAUUUGUAUCCGCUGCACAAGAGUGAGAAUACCUCGAUGAAUCCAAAGGAUGAAACUGUUCUGAUUCAUUAUCCAGGUGAAAUUAGCUACUACGAGUAUAUCCCCAUCAUGAUCACGUAUCUCUUGCUCUUCUUUUAUUACUACUUUUCUGUGAGGAAGAUUGAGUUGAUCAGUUCGCGGGUGGGCAUGGCUGUGACCGUAUUAAUCACAGUGUUAAGCAGUUUGUUUAUGACCCUAGGGGUGUGCUUCUUUUUCGGGUUGACUUUAAGUGUUCACAAUCGACAGGUCUUUCCAUAUUUGGUCAUCCUUGUGGGUCUGGAAAACGUUUUGGUGUUAACUAAAAGCGUGGUAUCAACACCAACUCAUUUGGACAUUAAAAUCAGAGUGGCACAGGGUUUGAGCAAAGAAGGCUGGUCUAUAACUAAGAAUUUAAUGAUUGAAAUAACGAUUUUAACGAUUGGAUUGUUUACAUUUGUCCCGGCAAUACAAGAAAUCUGUAUAUUCUCUAUCGUGGGUUUAAUCAACGAUUUUUUCCUACAAAUGGCGUUUUUCUCAACUAUUCUUGGUAUUGACACACGAAAAUUGGAAAACAACGAGAAAACCAUCCGGAAUAAUUUCCGUAACACCCUGUAUCAAACACAAACUUUUGAGAAGACUACGAGUACAGGAAUGGGAGUGGGUUUGAAUAGAAGUAAGUCCCAUCCGAGGCUAAACACCAUUCCAGCGAAUAUCGUCGCUGGCGGUCAAACAAAGUCAAAAAUUCCGAAACGAUUGAGAUUAGUGAAUAUCUGGGCUCGCACGAGAUUCUUCCAGCGAGCAUUUAUGAUCCUCAUGGUUGUGUGGAUAGGAAUGAUACUCUACAAUAGCGGCAUCGUUGAGCAGUAUUUCACUGAACUAAACGACGCGAUGAAAUCGGCGAAUCGUACAAACACAGAUGAGAAACAAACAACUUACAACUUAUUACCGAUUCUAAACAGUAACGAAAAAUAUAUGGUGAAUUUUGUUACCGAAAAAAGUAUGUUAAACUACCACAAUAACACCGAUGAUAUCAAUCGGUUAAAACACACGGAAUAUAAACCUUGGUUGAGUUUGAGCACGCAACACUGGACGAGUAUUCUACGCAAGUAUAAUAUCAGCACUAGUGGAGGAUACGUCGCCAUUUUGCCUAGCAUUCAAAUCUCGCAUGUGAUUGGUCCAGAGCAGGCCGUCCUACUGCGAAAUCCAGAAGAGAAGUAUGGAAAGUUUGAAUGGCAGGCCUUAGCGCUCGCAUUGGAUCCAAUAGAUUUUAGUGAAAGUGUUGGGGGUAUGCCUAUACCAGCCCAUUAUCCGCAGAAUGACCGCCCAUUCUACCCCACUUCACCAAUGGAGAUUUUCCUAACUGCGAUUUUGUGCCUUAUUAGCGUGAUAGUCCUUGCAUAUACCGUCUUUGUGUUGUAUAGGUGUAUCUGCUCAAGGAACUACGCUGAGUGGCGGGCGUCCUGGACCAGCGAUAAAUCAGACAAUGAGAGUGAAGUACCUGUUCUCUUAGAGGCUGUUCCGGUUGUUAUGGAAGGGCAUAAACAAGAAAUCGAAUGUUUAGCUUCUGAUGGUCGCUCAAUAGCAAGCACCUGUCGGGGCAACCUUAAAAUCUGGGAUUCUAUCACCGGUGAUCUUGUUGCCAGCAUCGACCGCUAUACCACCUCAACAGUACCUUCCCAUCAAGAUGAUGAGGAGAUCCUGUCUGAUUACGAGUCAGGUUCACCUCCAUCAAGAGACGAGGACGUUGUGGCGUUCCUCAAGAAGAAGAUCAACACAAAAUUUGUCAACCUGCGGAUGCAAGACGUGGACAAAUCGAAGGAUUUCGAUUUCGGUGAUGAGUACAAGCAAAUUUCAACCGCCAACUUACGAAAUAGAAGUACAGGUGUGCAGAGCUGUGAUUGGAAUGAUUGGCAUGCACAGAGCAAAGCCAUUGACAUUUUUAACGCGAGCCAGCAAUCGCGCAAAGACAGUAAUAAUAGUUACGGUAGCAAUAAUAGUAAUAGUUUUGAAGUAAAUGUGCCGUGUGACAAAGUGCCUUCGAUUUGGUGCAUGGAUUUUGUUGAUAAUUUAGUUGUGAUUGGUUGUGCAGAUGGCAGGCUGGAGUUUUGGGAGGGAACCACGUCCAAAUUUAAAUGUAUGUGUGAAGACACCACUGGAUCAGGAGUGACGAAUGUAAAAAUCGUCGGCUCGCGUGUUGUUGCCGCCCGAAUUUACGGCACAAUAGAUUUUUUCCAGCUGCAAACAUUCAAUCAAGGAAGGCCAAUUGAUUGGAAUUUUACUUGUGCGUAUCGCCGAACUCAUGUUCGCACUGGAAGCGCCGGUUCAAUUUCAGAUUUUCAUCAUGCACAAUCCGAUCAGAGUACCAAAGAAGAUUUAAGAUGCGUAAAAGUGUUGAGUACGAAGGCACAUCAGCAACCAAUCACAUGCCUGGACUGCGAAGGUGGGCGUGUAUUGAGUGGGUCACAAGACCACACCCUGAAGGUGUUCCGAAUAGAGGACGGCAGCCAUCUUUACACACUACACGGUCACUAUGGACCGAUUAGUUGUCUUUUUAUCGAUAGGAUUAGUCCCGCAACGUCGGGAAGUGGAUCACAGGAUGGUAUGCUAUGUGUUUGGGACCUUUUAACAGGUGCAUGCAUGUAUAGCAUACAAGCCCAUGACGGAUCAAUCAUCUCGUUGACCUAUUCAGCCUCCUAUGUGAUUUCCCUGGGGGUUGAUGAGAGGAUAUGUGUAUGGGAGAGAUUUCAAGGUCAUCUGUUAAAUACGCUGCAGGUGAAUGGGACUUUUACUUGUCAGGUGUUAAUGUUGACGCCGCAUCUAGUUAUAACCGCGCGUUCCGGCGGUCUCGCCUUAUGGGACGUGCGCAGGGGUGAAAAUGUGAAAUCUAUCGUCCUGGGCCGCUCGCCCUACGUAUUUGUUAAGCAGUUGGUAGUGCUGCGCGAUGCUGUUCUUUGUGACUUUGGGCAUCAGCUGCGCAUCGUGCGCUUUCCUCUCAUCACACACAAAUACGACUAGUUUUAAUAAUAAUUUCUCUCACACGCGCUAAUUUAAUGUACAAAGACCAAAGUCACUGCGAAAGCAACAGCCAUGAUGAUUUUAUCGAUUCUUCUUUAGCUACACUUAAAGUGGACUAUAUUGUAAUAAAUUAUGAUGUAAUGUAUGAGUGGUAGAUUUUUGAUAUUUAUGUUAUUGAAUAAAUUGAUUGUUUUUUUGCUAA